AUGACUCUCGUCGACAUCCUGAAUACAAUCGGCACCGAAGUCGAAGAUGCCGAAGAAGAAUCGUUCCUCCUCUUCUCGCAAGACAUUCCCUCGAGCAACCUCGGCUUUGUGGACUCGCGCGCCUCCAGCGUGGAAAUAACUAUCAACGAAACAGAAUACACCAUCCGCCAGUCUCCUACCAUUCUUUCAUCGGCACGAGGGGGGGGGACAACCGGCGCAGUCCUGUGGAAAAUCACCCCCCGGCUCGCCUCAUGGCUCACCUCCCCGAACCCCCUGUGGAAAAAUGACCUGUUGACCUCCUCUUCGGCCGUGGUCGAGCUCGGCUGCGGUAUCUCCCCGCUCGUGGGCUUGAGUGUAGGUUCGCGUGUGGGCUCCUACCUAGCUACAGACCAGGAAUACGUCCGGAAGCUAUUCAUGGAAAACAUCACGCAAAACACAACCACAACCAUGAAGACAAGAACAAAAACUAAGACUAAAAGUAAACAUGCAUCGACCCUCUCGUUUACAAGUUUGGAUUGGGAACGCGAUGAUCCCUCCUCCCUCUCGAAAGAAGGGUUCGACCUCCUCCUCUCCUGCGACUGUGUCUACAACGAGGCUCUCGUCAAGCCCUUUGUGCGCACCUGUGCGGAUAUCUGUCGGCUUCGGAGUCGCGAGUCUGAUUCCGCGGAUCAUCAUCAUCACCACUCCCGGCCUACGCUUUGUCUGAUUGCGCAGCAGCAGCGUGUCCCGGACGUGUUUGAAACGUGGUUGAAGGAGACGAUGCACCUGUUUCGUGUUUGGAGGCUCGAGGAUCAUCAUGUCUUGGGUUCCGGGUUGGGGUUGGGGAGUGGCUAUUUGCUUCAUUUACUGGUUUUGAAGACAGCUCUAUAG